UUUGGUUUUUUCUUCGAGAAUCGUGUUGUUUACUAAGAAUUGGCUUUCGCUUUUGGUCUGUGAUUUCAUAUACGGUCUCUUUCCUAGAGUGUUCACCAACUGCUCCACGAAAUUACUCAAAUAGAACCCUAAUUUUUUGUCUAUCUCCGGCGAAAAUCUCUGUAGAUUGUUUCAAUUCUUCAUAGGGUUCCAAGCUUUGGUUUUCGAACAUGGCGGAAGUAAGUCUUGGUAUGCUUAUAGACAUUGUGGACGAGGAGUGGAUGAGGGACACUUUACCUGAUGAUGAUCUUCCAUUGCCUCCAGUGCUUGCUGUUAGGACUGAUGAUACUGAAGAAACCAAUCAGGAAACUCAGCAAGCAGAUGCAGAAACUUGGCGUGAUCUUGCACUGGAUACACAGUAAUAGCCAAUUGAGCACAAUGGAAGCUUUUCUUAAAACUCCUUUGUUUCUCGUUGUGUGUGAUCAAAAACAAAACUUUUCUUGGCUUUGUAUGAUGAAGACAUAAUAAUUGCCUUAUUCUAUCUAUCUUAUUAAAUUGUGCGUUAUAGGAAUAAUAAAUAAGUUUGCCUGUUAA